AUGCUGCAUCGUACGGCAGUGGUGCUCAAAUCGCAGCACAAGAAUGUGCUGCGCAAGGGACGUCCGCACAUGCAAAAGUAUAAGGAACUGAACCGCUGGCAGCGCGAGGCGCAGGGAAUCACGAAAUGGGACCAGGGUCAUUCUCACCGGCCUCAACCCUACGUUGAGCGCUUUAAUCCAGAAGGUGUCGGCCUCACUCGCGGCACGUCGGCGUACGCGUGGAAGUGGUGGCAUACACAGUACCCAUGGUUGCCCAAUGUAGCGCCUAACGACUACGUACCGCCAAGCCCUCGCGGCAUUCGCCCAGCUGCCUGGGAUGAUGAAUUCGCCGAAGUGGUAUUGAGCAUGAGCAACGAGGAGAUUCAAAGCUACCUGCUGGAUAAGCUGACCGAGGUCAUCUUUGCAGAGACGCAGCGCGACGGCUACGAGCUGCGUCGGCUAGACUUUGAGGGCACGCCGCUCACAGACCGGCCGGAGCGGCGUAUCGUGGAGAACUUUGUUUUCGAGGAAGAGACACUGCGCGAGCGCGUGCUGGACCAGGUAGUCGAAGGCGUUUUUCGCCUCGUCCCCACCUCCGACGACCGCCUGGCGCUGAAAAGUGUGGCCAACAUUGUGGACUUCGUUCUGACCCACGUCACGGUGGCCCGCAAACCGGAGAAGCACGAGAUUCCCGAGGCAGCGCGAUCUGUGAUGCGGUCACACCCGCUGCAGCCACAGCUGGGCUUUGUGCAUGCCCUGCCGACCGACAAUCGUGACGCCGUUGUGCGGGAGUGGGAGCGGAUGCACCACCUUGAUUGGCAGUUUGGCAAAGCGGUGUAUGAGCCACGUAGCGUCGAGAACGAGCGUGGCAACUUCACGUGGUUGCGCGAGGUCCGCCACCAUGAGGCGCGGAAGGCAUUUGAGGAGGAUGUAGCCUCAGGCAAGGCUCGCCGGCGCCAUAUGGACAAGAUUAAUGCCGCCGCUCAGGCACCAAACAGCAAUGCCGCUUCACAGUAG